CAGGUGGUACUGUGCUGGGAAAGAAUUUGUGAAAUGUUCCCAACUCUUCUCCAGGAGUGUUUAAUCCAAGGGGAUCCACACAGAGAGCAGUUUACGGAAUUCAUGGCUUGCUGCAUUGGUGAAGCUGUGAGUCACUUCUGACAUGCUGCUACCUGCAGACUCAACAAGGCCUGCGUGUGCCAGAAACCUUGGGCGGGACACCGAACAGCAAGCGGAGGGCACCUUCUCAGCUCAUAACCUGCCCCCUUUGCUGUCCUCAUCACAGAUGGGUGGAGAUUAAUUGCUCCUUACCUCAACUGUUUGUUCCUGUUCUCUUUGGAAUCCAGGUGGACACAGUACAGAGCGCAGGAAACCUAGAGGCUGGUGAGCUUUCCACAAUGACGCAUACAGCCGCGACUGGACCGGCAUCAUGGGAGCUUUGUAUGUCCGUGGAUCAGCAGAAUGAAUCCGAGAAUCUGGAUGUUAAAAUAAGAGUGUCCGGAGAUCUUCAUAUCGGUGGAGUAAUGUUUAAACUGGUAGAACAAAUUGGUGUGGCCAGGGACUGGUCAGACUAUGGACUAUGGUGGGAACAAAAAAACUGCUGGCUUCUAAAGACUCACUGGACGCUGGACAAAUAUGGAGUACAAGCAGAUGCAAAGCUCUUCUUUACCCCUCAACACAAGCUUUUGCGCCUCCGACUAGCAAAUAUGAAAACUGUCAGACUUAAAGUAUGCUUCUCUUCUCUGGUCUUCAAGGCAGUUACAGAAAUCUGCAGAACUCUGAAUAUUAGAAGACCUGAAGAACUUUCUUUGUUAAAACCUCGGGAAGAUUUUGUGAGGAAGAAAAAGAAGAAAGAAGUCAAGGAAACAGUUCUGGAAGAAGUUAUAAACUUGGACAGCCCUAAAAGUAAUUCCGGAUCAUUAGGUAGCCCUGGCCUGUACAGCAAGACUAUGACACCCAUGUACGAUCCUGUCAAUGGCACACCGGCCUCUUCAACAAUCACGUGGUUCACUGAUAGUCCACUGGCAGAUCAAAAUUGCAAUAUCUUAGCUCUUAGCCAGCCAAUCUCUCCAGAAGUCCUCACUCAAAUGUAUCAGCCCCGGACACUGAUUGACAAAGCAAGACUUAACUCUGGGUGGUUGGAUUCAUCCAGGUCGCUUAUGGAGCAAGGCAUCCAAGAAGAUGACCUACUUUUGCUGAGAUUUAAGUAUUACUGCUUUUUUGAUCUGAAUCCAAAGUAUGAUGCUGUCCGUAUAAAUCAGCUGUUUGAACAAGCACGAUGGGCUAUCCUCUUAGGAGAAAUUGAUUGCACUGAGGAAGAAAUGUUAAUGUUUGCAGCACUACAGUAUCACAUAAGCAAAUUAUCGUUAUCAGUGGAGUCAAAUGAGCUAACAACGGAUGGAGAAACAGAUGAAAUUGAAGCUGCACUUUCUAAUUUAGAAGUAGCCCUGGAAGGAGGAAGAUCCAACAAAAUUUUGGAGGAUAUCACAGACAUUCCAAAGCUUUCAGAUAAUCUUAAACUUUUCAGACCUAAAAAGCUAACACUUAAAGCUUACAAGCAAUAUUGGUUUGUUUUUAAAGAUACGUCAAUAUCUUAUUUUAAGAAUAAAGAGGCGGCUCAUGGAGAACCUGCAGAAAAACUAAACCUGAGAGGUUGUGAAGUUGUACCAGAUGUCAAUGUAUCACAGAGAAGAUUUGGGAUAAAGCUAUUAAUACCAGUCGCAGACGGAAUGAAUGAAAUCCUUCUAAGAUGUGAUAAUGAAUCCCAAUAUUCCAAAUGGAUGGCUGCUUGUAUACUGGCAUCAAAAGGAAAGACGAUGGCCGACAGCUCAUAUCGAUCAGAAGUACAAAACAUCCUCCAGUUUCUGAGGCUAAAGAACACAAACACUACGAACACAAGUCAAAUAAAUACCAACAUCGAAAACGUGGACAUCAAGCCAGACUGCUUUGUCUCGCCUAAGUAUGCAAAGAAGUACAAAACGAAGCAGUUAGCUUCCCGCAUUUUGGAAGCACAGCAGAAUAUAUCACAAAUGCCACUUGUGGAAGCCAAAAUGAGGUUUAUUCAAGCAUGGCAGUCACUUCCUGAGUUUGGCAUAGCCUACUAUAUUGUCAGAUUUAAAGAUGCCAAGAAAGAGGAAUUGCUUGGAGUUUCUUACAAUAGACUGAUCAGGAUAGACAUCGCCACUGGAGACCCUGUUGCAACUUGGAGAUUUUCAAAUAUGAAACAAUGGAAUGUCAACUGGGAAAUACAACAGGUUGCUAUGGAGUUUGACCCCAACAUUGCUGUGGCAUUUACAUGUCAGAGCGCAAGCGGCAAAGUAAUCCAUGAAUACAUUGGAGGCUACAUCUUUCUUUCUACUCGUUCAAAAGACCAGAAUGAAACUUUGGAUGAAGACCUUUUCCACAAACUGACUGGAGGCCAAGAAUGAUUACUAAACCUCUUUACGAGCGUCUGUGUCUGUGCGAGUGCGUCCGUGUAUGAGUGCGAUUGUAUGAUUGUUUGCUGGGUUUCCACAGUCUGGUUAUUUUAUGCAUUUUUUUUUAAGCU